UGAAUCAACAAAUUGAGGUGGGUUUCAUAAUUCUUGAAUCCCUCCACCCUUGAUAGUAUGAUUAGUUAAUUUAAUUCCAAUUAUUGUGAAGGGGAAUGAAAAGAGAGUAAGUAGGACACAAUUUCAACUGCCAUAUUGAAGAUUAAGCUUUCUCUUGGAAAACACUCUUUCCUUUCUUUUAUUAUAACCUCCAACUCUCUUGCCUUCACUCACCAUAUUCCAAAAUGCAGAAAGGCAGUACUCAAAUUGCCCUGAUUUUGGCUUCACUUAUUAUCUCAAAUAUUGUAGUUUUAGUUGUUUCACAAGGCCAACUAAGAGUUGGUUUCUACUCCAAAUCCUGCCCAAAUGCAGAGUCUAUAAUCCGCAAGGUUGUUCGGAAAGCAGUGGCUGACAAUCCUAGGAAUGCUGCAAUCUUGCUAAGGCUUCAUUUUCACGACUGCUUUGUUCAAGGAUGUGAUGGGUCGAUACUGAUAAGAAAUGAUGAGGAUGGUGAACUCAAAGCACAAGGAAACUUGGGAGUAGUUGGUUUUGACAUCAUAGACAGCGCCAAAGCCCGGUUGGAAAAUCUUUGCCCUGGAAUUGUUUCUUGCGCUGAUAUCGUUUCUUUGGCUGCAAGAGAUGCUGUUUCCUUGGUCAAUGGGCCAUUUUACGAUGUUCCAACUGGGCGCAGAGAUGGACGGGUCUCCAAGAUGUCUCUGGCUAAGAAUUUGCCUGAUGUUGAUGAUUCAAUCAAUGUUCUGAAAUCAAAGUUCAAGGAAAAGGGUCUCUCUGAUAAGGAUCUUGUUCUUCUAAGCGGUGGUUCACAUACAAUUGGUGCGACGGCCUGCUUUUUCAUGCAAAAAAGGCUGUACAACUUCACCCCAGGGGGAGGUUCAGAUCCAGCAAUCAACCCUGGGUUCCUGCCCCAGCUCAAAGAUAAGUGUCCUUUCAAUGGAGAUGUGAAUGUCCGAAUACCUCUUGAUUGGUCGACUCAAAACGUAUUCGAUGUUAAAAUUUUGCGCAACAUUAGAGAGGGGAAUGCAGUGAUAGCAUCGGAUGCUAGGCUUUACGAUGACAGGAUGACGAGGCAAAUAGUGGAUUCUUAUAUAACCUCUUCUGCUGCUUCUUUCAAUCAGGAUUUCGCUGAAGCAAUGGUGAAGAUGGGAAAUAUUGGGGCCAAAACAGGGUCGGAAGGAGAGAUUCGGCGGGCUUGUAAUGCUGUUAAUUGAGGACUUCACCCAAUAUUAUGAAGUUUUUGCAGUCUAAAUUAUGAAAUUAUAAACGCAUGCUGCUACAUAAUUUGUAUGUCAGUGCCUGACCUGAUGAGUUAAACAUUAAAUUAUGUAAAAGGAAAGGGAAUUGAAUGAAACUUGAACGUUUGAGAAUGGUGAA